AUGGUUCUUAUCAGGCAGACAUUGAUUCUCAUUUUCAUUUUUGCCCCAUUUUUCUUCUUCUUCAUAUCUUGUGUUGAGGCAGCUUCAGCUUUAGACCUUGCCCCCACACCCACACCAACACCCAGCCCCACCCCUACCCCCACCCCCACCCCCAGCUCCACCCCCUCCCCUACCCCUACCCCAUCCUCAUCCAUUUCCGAACCCCCUUCACCUGGGCCCUCACCCGAAGGCUCAACCUCUCUGAAACUUGGAUUGAGUGAUAUUGGUAUACAAAACAAGGCAUUGAAGGCAUCUCAGAUAGAAGGGUCGAAACUGGCAAGGAAACAAUUACAAGCAAUCGAACAAAGAAUCGAUGAGUUCAAAGCAAUCCUGACGAAACGACUGGCAGACCCAAAAACAUCCGGGAAGACACAACAGUGCCUAGCACAAUGCGAGGAUAACUUUGAGGAUGCCAUUGAUUCUGUCAAGAUGAGUAUUGAAAGCAUCAACAAGCAAGACCUUCCGAAGGCUAAUGUUGACGUUAGCGCUAUCUCCACAGACGUUGACACGUGUAAUGAUUGCUUCAAGGAGAUGAUUGGUGAGGACAAACAGAUUAAAACGUUUGAUAAUUGGAUACGAGGGGUCACAGGAGAUUGCCUUGAAAAUCUCCAGAAACAUUAA